GACAGUAACACACACCACACCAUUCUCUCUCCCUCCAUUAAAACAAAUCACACUCUCCACUUCACUCUCAAAUCACAAUCACAACAAAAAUAAAAGAUUUAUAAAAAAUAAAAUAAAAUGGGGGGAUUGUGUGACCUCUCUGACACAGACGAGUCUGCAAUUGAAGAAAUAAUCUCGCAGGCACAAGACGCAUGCGUUUUGGAGCAAGUUUCCGCCAUCAAUUGCUCCGCAAUCACUGACUCUGCUCUUCCCACUGACCUCGAAUCCCGUUUCCGCAAGCUCAAAUCUUUCCCAGCCACCAAACCCAAGCAAAUUCCCCACACCCUUUCUACUCUCCAUAAGGGUAAUGACCAAAGUCCCGAUUUUUCUCCUUCUAAAGAGAACCCAGAUGACCCUAAAUUAAAAUUACCAUCUGGGUGUGUCUCUUCGCCUCAGAAAAAGGGGUCGGAAGCAAAAUCUAAACAUGGGUCUGUUUCACUUUCGCCCCCUUUUGGUUCUGCUUCUGGUUCUUCACAUACCUCUGAAGAAAGCUCAGUGUCUUCGGUGUUCAAGCCAACGCAAAAAGACGAAGGAAAGCGUUCGAGACAAAAGUCUCUGUUUUCUUCUCUUGGGUCUUCGAAUUCGUUGAUGGGUGGUUCCCCAUCGCCGCCUCGAAAAGUUGGUUUUUUCUGGUGCUCUCCGAAGAAGGAGAAGAAGAAAAGCAAGGAGAACAAUGUUGUUGUUGUUGGGUGGGAUAAGAGUGAUGAGUUGUUAUCGGAUUUUGGAAGUUUCUCGAGCAAGCAGCAGCAGAAAAUGCUGAAGAAGGCAUUGAAAGAAGAAGAGAAAAUUAGCCGCGAGGCUGAGAAGAUUGUUGAAUGGGCUAAGCAUGCAUCUGCUAGGAUGAAUGUUUCUGGAAUUGAUGACGAGCUUAGUGAUGAUUAGAGUACAGAGCACUACAUUUUCUCUAUCAUUUGAUGCUUCAUACCUCACAGAGAGAGAAAGAGAGAACUUGUUAUAAGGUGUUGCAAAUAUAUUGCCUUAUUCGUUUUGGUACACUAUCAUGUGUUGGUGUUUACAUCUAUACAAAUGCCUUACAGAGUUUGGUGAUUGUCUAUAUUGUGCUAUACAAUGGAGAUGUUUUGGGCAAUUGUAUUUUAAUUUGAUGAUCUUCAUAGUGUUUUCUCUUUUCAGUAUAUGUAAAUGCAAAGUAGUAUUUGGAGCAUUACGAAGUUUUAUACACCGGUAAUUUGUUGCAGGUUUACAACCCUAAUCUUCUGUGUUCAAAUUUGGUGUUUGUUUAUGGAGUUCAUCGGAUUUAUAUUUGUUGUGUCAAGGUUACACAAUUAAGGGCAAGCAUAAGCCACUGGCCUCUAUUUUUUUUUUUUUUUUUUUUUUUCUGUUUGAAUUGAAAAGAUUGGAAUUUCUCUCUUCAAUCUUUAUUCUUAUUUUUGGGUACAUUCUUUAAUAUCACUUUAAAAUAUGCGAAUGCAUUGUUGUUAUUAUUUUGACAUAUCAAGCAUUUUUCGGAGUUGCUAGUUAACGAGGAAGUUAUUUAAUAUGUGCUUUUUUAACAGAGGAAAUUAUCUUACAAGUUCAACACAAUGCAAAGGAAACUAAUAAUGUAUCAAGCAUUGUGUUUCAAGUGGACUACCCGUUAAACUGUUUGGCUGGGAGAGCCUACUUUUCCAUGGACCUAUUAUGUGCAUGGUGUUGCUUCAUGGGAUUGUCACUUGAAUCCCUGGAAACACAUUGCAUACAAGUCAAAUAUAAAAAUUAAAUAAUAAACAAAUAUCAAACAAAUCUGCAAAGGAAGCUAUGUUUAUAAGCCGACUCUAAUCCUUCAAGUUCAUGUGAUCUUAAACAAGCAACAAAGUUCAUACCCCUUUUUUUUUUUUAUUCAUCGAUUACUUAACUAGUCCGAUUCAAGACAGGUAAGACAACGUAAGCUUUUCUUACCAAGUUUUAACACAGCUGCAUUUCUAGGGACUCUCGAACUCGAGACCGCUAAUUAAGCUGGAAUAAUCUUUUAUCAGUUGAUCCACGUGUUUGGUGGUAUACUUUUUUAUUUCUUUGUUUCUAGCUCACAACUUUGCAGGUUUAUUGCAUACAUGUUAAAGACGGGGGAGAAUCUGAUAUACGUUUUCAGCAGUCAGAAAACCUUUAAGGAAGCUAUCUUAAUAAGCUGACUGUGAUCCUUCAAGUGCAAGUGCAUGUGACUCUAUCUGUAUAUGAUAUUAAACAAGCAAGAAAGUUCAUGCUUUUUUUCUUUUUUCUUUUUUCUUUAUUUGGCACAAACUUUGCAGGCUCAUUACAUGCAUGUGAAAAACAUCGAGGAGGAGAAUCUGUAUGCAUUUUCAGCAGGAAGAAAACCUUUAAGGAAGCUAUGUUUGUACAUUGCAUGCAUGUGAAAAAACAUAAGGAAGAAUCUGAUAUACAUUUUCAGCAGGGAGAAAAGCUUUAGAAUUUCAUAUACAUCCGCCAUUUACAACCACAUCUUUAGAAUCUAAUUUGGACGAAGAUCCUAUAGAACGUCCUGAGCUGUUCAAUAUGCCAUCAAUCAUGCUUGGUUGUAGCAUUCGCUCAAGCAAGCAGAAAAGAAAAAAGACAAUAUAGCUGGAGGCAAAUGUAAAGCAUUCGAAGUGAUGUGCAUAGCUUUUAAUUAAUUAGUCCAGUAUGACCAUGUAUCAAAUUCUUUGGGAUCUUAUGCUCAUGUAUA